AUGGGAUUGUUUCAUCCCAUGAUGCACCUGUUGAAACCAGAGGACCUUUGCUCAGUUGCAUCAGGGCCUUCUGUAAUGCUGAUAUUGAAGCUAAUUUUGCUGGAGCACUGGGGCAAAGAUCCUGACAUGAAAAUAUUUGGUCCAAUGCCUCAUGUCAAGGGUAAUAGAAACUGCAUUCAACACAAUAAGAGCAGCAAGUUCUGCAUUUGUCCAAGAGGUCAUGAAGUGAACGACCCACGAAUUGUGGAAGCUAUAUUCAAUGAGUGUGUUCCAUUUAUAAUAUCUGACAACUUUAUGCCUCCAUUUUUUGAGGUUUUAGAUUGGGAAUCCUUUGCUGUUAUUAUCUUGGAGAAAGAUAUCUCAAAUUUGAAGAAUCUACUCCUUUCAAUAUCAGAAGAGAAGUACAUAGAGAUGCAUAUGAGAGUGAAAGAAGGUACAACAGCAUUUUCUUUGGCAUACUAA